AUGAAAUUAAAAAUUAGAGAAUCUUUUUGUAAAAAAUAUGGGUACCAAAAUUUAUCCAAAGAAAAUGUAACACUACAAUCGAAUUUACACCAAAAAAACUCUGAUAAAGAUAAAAGUUCUAAAUCCAAUGACUGGGCUUGGGAUAUCUAUUAUUUAAUUUACCCAGAACAUUAUAGAGAAUGA